UGGAUUAGAAGAACAAGCAGGUGUUGUAACCGGAACCGGUGGAAUACCGGCAUUACAAAUACAGAUUCGCGAUGGACAUGGUAUUCUCGGAAAUACUGUCACACAUGCUAGUAUUGGACAGCCGUUAACACUUGAUAUUGUCCUUGAAAAUACAGAAAUUUAUGAUUUCUAUGCACAUUCAUGUAUGGCUCACGAUGGCAGCAAUAGUACUGAUGCAUUAGUGCAAAUUAUUGAUGCAAAUGGAGGAACUUAA